AUGGCCACGCCCGUCUACUGCAUUCUUUCCGGUGGCGCCGUACACUGCGUACUGGUGGACGCCUUCAGCUCGAAGGGUCCCGAGAAAUUGGCCAGAAACCCUGAGGUGGAUGUCCAUAAAGACACGCCUGUUCCCCAGAACUCCUUGAGUCCAGCUUCCUUGAACAUCAAAAGUCGAAACUUGCUUUUCACGUUGAACAACCCUUCGCUACUGGACCUUGAGUCGGAAAACUGCAACACCUCGGACCGCAGAAACUCAAACGCCCUGUCUUCAGAGGAUGAGAAUCCUGCUACCGUGGUUCCCCAGCCUAAGAUUCCUGUGCUGAUACCGGUUAUCAACGAUCUGGAGGAGCCCAACGGGUCGUCCAGGCCAAAGUUGGAACUCAACCUCGAGGCGCCAACCGAGGAUUCAGAGGAAUACCCGCAGAAUCUCGAGUCUCUCCUUGACGACUACAAAACACACGCCGUGUACCUUCCCCAGUUCUCUGUGGACAUUCGUAAUAACCUAGACAGCGACUACACGCAGAUCAAGACGCUCUUGGCGAAGAUCUUCCCCUCUUGGUCUGCGGAUGAUGCGAUUUUUAUAAAGCGCUUGACCGGAGGCAUCACCAACAUGCUCUUGUCUUGCACCCACGAGCCGUCCCAGGAGACGCUCUUGAUGCGUGUCUACGGUCAGGGCACCAACUUAAUUAUUGACCGUCAUCGUGAGUUUGUUUCUCAUUUGGUUCUCAAUUCUUUGCAUUUGGCUCCUCCUGUGCAUGCCCGUUUUGCCAAUGGCCUCAUAUACGGUUUCUUGGAAGGUCGCUCUUUGGACCCCAAGGAGCUUGCAAACCCAUACUUGUACCCAUUAAUCGCUCAGCAGCUCGGUAACUGGCACACCAAGGUGGACUGUGACAAUAUUGAAGAUGGCAUUGAAAAGCUACGAAAAUACACUGCUCGCAUCAAGAACCAGCUUCUGCCUACUCUUCGUCCCGUCACACCGGUUAAUUCCAAGCAAAAACGUGAAAAAGGCUUAAAGAAGGCAAUCUUGAAUAUCUGGGACCUCAUCGACGAUUGGAUCCUGGUGGUUCCUGCCAACGAUGCUCUCGUCAAGAUCUUCAGGGAUAACUUGCCUGAUCAAGACGUGAACAUUGACAACGUCAGAGAUGUCAUUCACAGGGAGUAUAGGUGGAUGAAAUCGACGUUGAGCAAUGCCACAAAGUCGCCUGUGGUCGUUUCUCAUUGUGAUUUGCUUUCUGGCAAUAUCAUCAUCCCACAAACGGAAGAGUUCGACAACAAGCUCAAACAAUCUCCAGACUUUGAGCUCCGCCCAUUGCUGGAGAACCCUAUUCAAUUCAUCGACUACGAGUACAUGCUACCUGCUCCUCGUGCAUUCGAUAUCGCAAAUCAUUUCGCUGAGUGGCAAGGAUUUGAUUGUGACCGUUCCGCAAUCCCUGAACCAUCUCCGCUGAAUCCUGUUCUUGUAAACUGGUGUAAGGGCUACCUUGACAACGCCAUUGCUUCCGAGGAGGAGGUCAACGGACUCAUUGAUGAAAUUGCAUAUUAUUAUGGCAUGCCAGGCUUCUACUGGGGUAUCUGGUCCAUGAUCCAGAGUGAGCUCUCGACCAUUGACUUCAACUACGCUGAAUACAGUGGUCUCCGACUUGAAGAAUACUGGACGUGGAAAGAGAAGUAUCUCAGUCGUCUGGCUUAG